GCCGGGAGCCGGGGGCGCGCAGCCGGGUGCUUCCAGCUGCGGGGGCAGCUAUGGCGGCGGCGGCCUCGCAGCGGGAUCCGGGAGAUUGGCAAGACUUCUCGGGUUUCCAGCCCUCCUCGGGGAGUGGUCCUGAGGCUGCCCGCGAUAAAGGCGGCUGGGACGGUGGGGAUUUGGGGGCGAAGUUGUCUCUUUGCUUUGAGCCCCCACAGGCCCGGGCACUCGGCGGCGAGAGCCGCGUUCCGUUGCGGCCCCUCACGGAGCAGAGCGCCCUGCAGGACGACGAAAUUUGGAAUGCUUUGACUGAUAAUUAUGGAAACGUAAUGCCAGUAGACUGGAAAUCUUCCCACACCAGAGCUUUGCACUUGCCAACACUGAAUCUUUCAGAAAAAGGGGUAAAUGAUAAUUUGAACCUUGACCUGUCAGAUGAUGAAGAGCUGAGAGAACAGCUGGAUAUGCAUUCUAUCAUUGUUUCCUGCAUCAACGAUGAACCACUCUUCACAGCAGAGCAGGUAAUUGAGGAAAUAGAGGAAAUGAUGCAGGAAUCACCUGAUCCAGAUGAUGAUGAAACACCCACCCAAUCAGAUCGACUCUCCAUACUCUCUCAGGAAAUUCAGACACUCAAGAGGUCCAGUACGAACAACAGCUAUGAAGAAAGAGUAAAAAGAUUGUCUGUUGCCGAGUUAAAUGAGCUGCUAGAAGAAAUUGAGACUGCUAUUAAGGAUUAUUCUGAGGAGUUAGUACAGCAGUUGGCUCUACGAGAUGAGUUGGAGUUUGAGAAGGAAGUGAAAAACAGCUUCAUUUCUGUCCUCAUCGAAGUACAAAACAAACAGAGAGAACACAAAGAAACAGCAAAAAAGAAAAAGAAGGUGAAAAAUGGUAGUCCACAGAAUGGCAAGCAAGAAAGAAGUCAUAUGCCUGGAACACGCUUCAGCAUGGAAGGGAUCUCAAAUGUCAUACAGAAUGGCUUCCGCCACACGUUUGGAAACUCAGGCGGAGAGAAACAGUACCUAACAACUGUUAUUCCUUAUGAGAGGAAAAAUGGACCCCCAUCUGUUGAAGAUCUUCAAACAUUAACCAAAAUCCUCCAUGCCAUGAAAGAAGACAGUGAGAAAGUGCCAAGCUUGUUAACAGACUAUAUUUUAAAAGCAUUGGUUUGAAAGCUGGAUUGCUCCGAGUUCUCUGUCCUACAUGAAGAAUUAAUCAUGCUCCUUCCCUUGACGAGAAGUUUUCCACGGAUAUGACUCGUAGUAUUUUUCAUUUGGCACUAUACCCAAACCAGUAUGCUUUUACCUCUUCCGUGUCUGUGUGGAUUUUCUAAUCCUACAAUAAGUCUUCUGGGCAUGACAACACAAGCAUUUUAACUUAAUAGUGCAAUGAACUGGAGCAGGGAACAAACAUUGUACAGUUUUACUCACGUUGUUCUGGCUUUUUAAAGUCUAUUUUUACAUUGUAUAGCAUGUAGUAAAUCCUCCUGCCUACUUUGUUGGAAGGAAAAGUAAACUUUGAAUAGUGUAAAUAAAAUAAGUCUAGUUUUAAGGAAUCCAUAUUUAAAAGCAUCCUUAGCUCCUAUAGCAGAGAUCCAAAAAAGAGUUGUAGUCAGGCUUGGACUAAAGGAUUCAAAUGAGUUCUCCAGGAAUGAAUCCAAAACUGUUGGUGGAAGUUAUCAUUCCACGCUUC